AAAAUACAAGUUUAUUAAAAUUCAUAAACAUCUCCAUUUCCGGUGUCAAUCCGUGACGUAAGCUCCGCGGAACGAACGCUGUAGUUUUUAUGUGGAUGUGUGGAACGACUGUGUGCGAGCAGUGGGACUACAGUACCCAGACUGCACCGCGGCGGACAGAUUGUAAACACUAAGGAGACUGAAGGACGAAGUGACUGAUGAUCGUAUUUGUACGGUACCAGGGUGGGCCGGCCGUGCCCGUGGAGCUGCGGGGGGGGGCCAGCGUCUCUGAUCUGAAGGAGGUGGUGGGGGGGCAGCAGGGAGUCUCAGCGCAGAGACUCAGGGUGCUGUUUGCUGGGAGGGAGCUGAGAGACGGCUACACCUUACAGGGCUGUGACCUCCCGGAGCAGAGCACUGUCCAUGUCAUCCUCCCUCCAUCAGGCUCCUCCUCCUCGCCGCUCCUCCUGCACGAGCGUCUGGAGGUGGAGGAGCCUGAUGGAGGUCUGACCCGGCUGGAUCUCUCCUCCUCAGGCCUCGCAGAAAUCCUGCAGGAUAGGGAGGAGGGAGGAGAGGGAGGAGAGAGAGGAGAGGGAGUAGAGGGAGAGGGAGGAGAGGGAGAGGGAAGAGAGAGAAGAGGAGAUGGAGUUGAGGGAGGAGAGAGAGGAGAGGGAGAGAGAGGAGAGAGAGGAGAUGGAGUUGAGGGAGGAGAGAGAGGAGAGGGAGGAGAGGGAGGAUCUCAGGAGGCUGCACAUCUGAAAGGCAUGCGUCCCUGCAGUACUUUCUUUGUGUACUGUAAGCACUGCAGGUCGAUCCAGCCGGGGAAACUGAGAGUUUGUUGCAGAAGCUGCAAACAGACGACGCUGACGCUCAGCAGGGGUCCGUCCUGUUGGGACGACGUCCUCCUCCGAGGUCGGAUCCACGGCGUGUGUCAAUCAAACGGUUGUCAAGGCAACGAAGCGGAGUUCUACAUGAAGUGUGCGUCUCAUCCAACCUCUGAUGACGACCUCUCUGUGGCCCUCGACCUCAUCAUGACCAACAGCAGACACGUCCCCUGCAUCGCCUGCACAGACAUCAUUGACGUGGUGGUGGUGUUCCAGUGUUUGGAGCGUCAUGUGAUCUGUCUCGACUGUUUCCGUGGUUACUGUCAGACUCGCCUGAAUGAGCGACAGUUUGUGUACGACCCUGUGAUUGGCUACUCUCUGCCCUGUGCCGCCGGCUGCGCCGACUCUCUCAUUAAAGAGCUGCAUCAUUUCAGGAUUUUGGGAGACGAUCAGUAUGGGCGGUACCAGCAGUACGGGGCGGAGCAGUGCCUGCAGCUGAUUGGAGGGCUGCAGUGUCCGUCAGCAGGCUGUGGGGCGGGGCUUCUGCCGUCUGAUGGCGGCCGGCGUGUGGAGUGUGACCGGCGGCUUGGCUGCGGCUUCGUCUUCUGCCGACUCUGUCGGGAGCGCUACCACGAGGGGGCGUGUCUUACAGCGCAGGCCCCGCCCACAGUCGAGGCCGCACAGGGGUUUGUGUCGGGGGGGCUGGCGUCCCUCAGAGCGAGAUGGGAGGCGGCCUCGCUGCUGCUCGUGCGGGAGUCUAAACGCUGCCCGCAGUGUUCGGUUCCUACGGAGAGAGACGGUAAGUCUUCAUAA